AUGGAGGAAGAAUGGGGUUUAGCAUUAAGAAUGGAUUAUUGUAGGACGAACAAGUUCACUAACCAACUUCUUUGUCGACUUUUGGUUUGCAACAAGGAGGGAUUUUGGAAGGUUGACAAGCGAGACCCAUUGGCAAAAAACCCUAGAGCUGAAACUAGGAUUGGUUGUGAGGCUCAACUUUAUGUGAAAUUAGAUGAGGGUAUUAGGAAAUUUGUUGUGACUGAUUUCAAAGAAAAACACAACCACGAUCUUGUAUCACCUGAGUGUGCCCAUAUGUUGUCGUCACAAAGAAAGAAAUCGCCUACCCAAGCAAUUGAGUUAGAUUUGGCAGCAUCUGGUCUUCAUUUAGGCCAGUCUUUUGAACUCAUGGGUAGGGAAGCUGGUGGGAGGCAAUGUCUUGGGUUUACGAAAUUAGAUCAAAAAAAUUAUUUGAGAACAAAAAGACAACAAAGUUUAACAUAUGGGAAAUUAGAUAAUGAGGAGCAAAUAACGAAUAUGUUUUGGGCCGAUGCACAAAUGAUCAUAGAUUAUGUCCAAUUUGGUGAUGUUGUCACAUUUGAUACGACUUACAAGUUAAACAAAGAACAUAGACCCUUUGCAUCUUUUGUGGAAUUCAACCAACAUAGGGAAACCGUUAUAUUUGGUGCAGCCUUGUUGUAUGAUGAGACCGCCAAUUCAUUUGCAUGGUUGUUUCAAAAUUUUCUAGAGGCUAUGUCAAGAAAGGCACCCAAAACUUUGUUCACGGAUCAAGAUGCUGCAAUGGCUAAAGCCAUGCCCAUUGUUAUGCCUGACACGAGUCACCGAUUGUGUACUUGGCAUUUGAUGCAAAAUGCAUUAAAACAUGUUAAUUGUUUGUUCCAAGAUAAGGGGGUAAAAGGUGUAUUAAAUAAAUUCCUGUUUGACAUUGAAGAUGAAAAUCAAUGGAAGUUAGAGUGA